GGAAGAGGAAGAAGAAGAAAAAAGGGAAGGACAGACAUAGAUCUCCAUUUUGCAUGCUUUUCCUCUCCUCUUUCAAUUUCCAGGGCUUGCAGGUUCUUGCUGGUGGUGGGACACUUGAUGGGGCCCUGUUGUGCUGGAGGGGUGGGGGUGUGUCAGUGAAAUACAGUGUUCAGUUACUGCUUUGUGGUUUGGGGAAGAGAGGGUGGGAGCCAUACUAGAAUGGGGUCUUAGUCUUUCCCGAGGGUACACUGCUGUGAAUUUAAACUUUGGCUUCUUGCAUAAAAACUGCUCUGCCCCUUUUCUGAUUAGUUCAGAUUAAUUAUCUAGGAUUCUGCUUGUUAGGCAGGAGAGUGCCAGUUUCUGCCUGCAUCUGUGUUCUCCAACUGGAUGGGGAGAACAUCAGGGACCAGCUUACUGGAUAACCUGCAGGAAAUCCAUCAUUACUUUACUAACAAGAACAUGCUAAAUUCACCCCAUCCCUUCAUUCAGAUGUGCCUGCUUGUGUUGUGGCCAGUGAAAUGGGGCAAGCAAUGAGGAUGAGUGGGGAAUGUGUCCCCCAGUAAAUGUUGUAGUCAUGCUUGUUUCAGCUAGCAUUGGCAUUGCUAUCCUUAGUUGCUCCUCUCACAUCUGCAAGGCAUCAGUGUGAACGAUUAGGUUUCAUGGCUUAAUAAAAUAGGGUCUUUUGCUUAUUAAUUAGGUGAAGACCAUGAAGCCAAUAUCUCACCUAGUGCAUUCCAUCAGCCAGACCUGGAGCAUCCCUCAUGAUGAAGACACUGAGUGUUGACUUAACCCGUUCUUCACUGAGAUCUCUGGAUCUUUGAUGUUUGCUUGGUGAGGAACACCAGGGUACAGAGUCCUCCCUGUGAUCAUCAUGGAGCCCAGAGCCCACAUUCAGAAGGAGGCAUCUAGCAUGCAGAGAGCAGAAAACAUUGCCUCUGAGUUAAAUGAUGCUUUGCGAUAUGGCCAGAGGGAAAAGGUACUGGAGCUGCUGGAAAAUGGGGCAGAUGUGAACUCCAAAGUAGAAUUUGGAUGGACACCGCUUCAAAGUGCUGUGCAAUCUGGUGACAAGGAGAUGGUCCAACUUUUGCUGGCCAAAGGUGCAUGCCCACACACCAGGAAGGAUAACGGUGGCACUGCGUUUAUUGAGGCAGCGAUGGUGGGAGACGUGGAAAUACUGGAGCUCCUUUUCGGUUGUGGGUUUAACGUUAAUGACAGUGACGAUAAUGGAUUCACUGCUUUCAUGGAAGCUGCUUUGUAUGGGAAGGAGGAAGCCUUGAGGUUCCUGCACAGCAAAGGAGCAGAUGUGAAUUUGAGGAGGACAGCCAGUGAGGAGAAGAAGAAACUGAGCAAGGGAGGGAAGACUGCACUGAUGGAUGCUUGUUUGGGAGGCCACUUCUCAGUGGUAAAAACUCUUAUCCAGGAGAUGGGGGCUGAUGUGAACAUUUGUGACAAUGAAGGUAGGAACGCUUUGAUCCAUGCCCUCAAGGAUAAUGUAAGGGGAAAAAAUGAGUCAGAUGUCUUUGAAAUAGGCCGUUUCCUGCUGGAACGUGGUGUUGAUGUCAACUGCAAAGAUGAAGCUGGCAAAACUGCCCUCAUUCUAGCUGUGCAAAGGAAGAAUACAAGUUUGGUGGAAGCUCUGUUGGACAGGGAUGACAUAAAAAUUGAUGAAGCAGGUGAGGAUGGCCAAACAGCUCUGGCGGUGGCUGUAGAGAAAAACACAUAUGAUAUAGCGGAGAUGCUGUGUAAGAAAGGUGCAAGGACUGACAUUGGGGAACUUGUUGCUGUUGCAAAUAGGAACCGUGCUAGCGAAAUGGCAUGCCUUCUUCUGAAGUAUAACACCAUGUUUGUUCCAACAAAACCUGACAAGUGGGAGCCAAAGAGCAAACGUUGGAGGCACCAGUUGCAAAGUCUUCAUAAGAUGUAUCGCCCCAUGAUUGGCAAAUUAAAAGUAUUUCAGCACACCUCUCAGAGAAUUCAGGACAACAUCUACCUUGGGCUCUAUGAUGAGAUGGAGGUGGCAGUAUGGAUACACCACCGUGCAGAAGGUGUCAAGGAGAAAACAUUCCUUGGCCAAUGUGGGAGCUGUGAACAUCUACUGAAGCUCUUCCAAUCUGAGCAAGAAAAGGGCUGCAUGUAUUUGUGCUUCCCUCUCUGGGAGAAAAACCUCGAAGAACAUCUGCAGGACCCGGAAGACCAAAAGGAUCCCAAAGGCAUCCUGAAGAUGAUCUUCCAGGCAGUGAGAGAGCUGCACUCACUCGGGUUUGCUCACCAGUCUCUGCAUCCCAAGAACUUCUUGAUAGAUUUAGGUGGCAAAAUUUACUUGACGGAUUUUGAUAGCACCAGAAAGCUGACUGAAGGCAAAACUGAAGUUAUCAAUAAAGACUUAGAGAACCUCAGCAAGCUCAUGCUGUAUGUUUUAACAGGGGGUAGGAAACCCCUUAACGAAGUCAGUACCAAGGAUAUGGAUGCGGGUUCCAUGGAUUAUGAGGAGGCUUUGGACCUUAUUGAUAGCCUGGCCUCUCAUGAUGAACGGGGUUUGGAAGAUCUGAGCGAGCACCCCUAUUUCUGGAGCAAACAGAAGAAGUUCAAUGUCCUAAAGAAUAUAUGGAAUAAAAUCAAAGAUCUGACUGAUGAUGAUAAAGAGGAUGCUUUUAACACUCUUAAUGCUGGAAAACCUAUUCUUUACCCAAACUGGAUUAAGCAGAUUGAUCGAGAGAUUCUGCGCAUCAUGACGACUGUCAAUGGUAGAAAAAAAUUCUACGAGAAAAACAUUGCACACCUACUGAGAUUCAUCAGAAAUCUGGAUGAGCACCCUAAUAAGAGGAUCAGUGAAAUAGCAGGAGACCAUGCUGAGUAUUUCCUGAAGCUUUUUCCAAAACUGACCAUUCAUGCCUACAACCGUUUACGCCGGCAUCCCAGGUACAGUCACUUCAUAGACUUUCAGGACCCUUCUUCAUAGGAGCCCGUUGCCUCGCCUCCCAUGGAUGAUCCCACUUUCUCUGCCUCCUUCAGCUGCAAAAGAGUUGAAGAAGGUGGGUAAGGACAUGAGAGCAUAGGCAGGGGCUGAGCACAGAGGACUUGGUCUGAGAAAAUGGAAUAUGGUUCAGGAGAUGUGUCUGGUACAGGAACCAUGGGCCUGGGAGAGGAGCCAAGCUGACUGUUAGGUCAGUGACUUCUCCAUCCUUCUGGGCUUUACCCCUUGGAGAUGGAAACCUUGUGGCAUCUUCACUGUCCCAGGGGUUGCUUGUUUCUCUGUUAAUAGGAGGUGGCACAAUGCUUACAUAGUGCUUAUGGAAUAUUUUCUCAUUCAGGGCUUUUAAUGCUAUGAAAAACCGACUGGUGUUCUAUUAGCCUGUACAGAGCCAAACCGGGAAUAAACUUCUUUG